AUGGACGCUGCAUGCAAACCUCUCGACGCCCUUUCCCUAGUGGAGGACAUCAAGCAGCUUGCAUCGUCGCCAGAUGCAAGUUCGGCACAGUCGCAUUUCCGCCUGCUUGGCCUUGUGGAUCAAUUGAAACUGGCCGUCGAGACUCCCACGGAGACUGCAUUGCGCAUGAUCUACCAGCCUCCUCAAAAUGCAGCCCUUCGCACCGUCAUCGACCUAGGCCUCUUCCAGUUGCUAGUAGAAAACCCCGACGGGCGGUCGGCGAAGGACUUGGCAGCUCAUUCGGGCGCUGAGAAGGCCCUCGUCGUGCGCUUGAUGCGCGUCAUGACGGCCCUGGGCCUGUGUGCCAGCUACGAGCCCGAGGUCUACAUGGCCACCGACAAGACGAGAGCCAUGACCGAGCCAAUUGGACGGGAUGGCGUGCCCUGCAUAUACGAUUUGACCAUGCCGACGUUGAGCAAGCUCCCCCAGUAUUUCCGGGAGCACAACUACACGACGCCGAAGGAGUACUCGCGCUCCCCCAUGCGAUGGGCUGUCGGACAGAGCCAAUUCGAAUGGCUAGCGCAACGCAAGGAGCACCAGGCCCUCUUCAACUCGUACAUGGCGAGCCGGCGCCACGGGCGGCCGUCUUGGUUCGAUGUGUACCCCAUUGAGCGCCUGGCAGAUCAGGCGAUUAACCACGAUGACGCAGUCUUCGUAGUCGACAUUGGGGGAAAUCAAGGCCACGACCUGAUGCGACUCCGCGAGAAACGUCCCGACAUUCCGGGCCGGCUGGUCGUCCAGGAUCUCCCCAAGGUGGUGUCGGCGCCCGUCGGGCAGGGCAUCGAGCCGAUGGCCUACAGCUUCUUAGAUCCUCAGCCGAUCAAGGGUGCUCGAGCAUACUACUUCCGGGCCAUCUUCCACGACUGGCCGGACUACAUCUGCCAGAAGAUCUUACUCAACACCGUCUCCGCCAUGGACGAGGAGUACUCGCGCAUCAUCAUCGUGGACUUCGUGCUCCCCGACACCGACACACCGCUCUUGCAGGCGUCGCUGGACAUCCAGAUGAUGAGCAUCGGGUCGGGGAUUGAGCGGUCGGAACGACAGUGGCGGGAGCUGCUGCACGAAGCGGGAUUGGAAAUCAGGGGGAUUUGGAGCAAGAGCCCGGGCAUGGAGUCGGUGAUUGAGGCGGUGCCGCGGCGUUCAAUAGCGGAGUAG